UUACUUAUACAAUCGUUGUUUACUACAGUGAUGUAUUGAUUCCAAUUCAGUGGUAUCAAUAUGCAGUUUUAUAAAGUAUUAUUUUUUGCAUUUUUAUUAAAAAUUGCAAAUAGUGAUGUAACUAUUAAUAAAGAUGAGAUGAUAUUACGCUUUAGCGGUGCAAUUAAUAAUUGGGUACAAACAGGAGAAGAGUCUGAGGAGUUUCAAAAUUUACUCAAUAAUCUAACUCUUCCAAUUAAUUUACACCGUAUAAAUUGGCGUAGUUCCACCAGUGAAAGCAGCAAUGCUAUUUGUACACUAUGUCGUACCGUCUUCAAUACUUUCAUAGAAUUUCGUAGAAAAGGCAUGUCGGCAAAUUAUAUAAAAUCUAAUGUAAUUAAACUUUGUACUCGAUUGAAUGUUGAAACAGAAAAUGUCUGCACUGGUGUGGUGACUCUGCAUUUACCAAUAAUUUUGCAUAUCGUAGACACAAAACCAAAUUUAACAGCGUCUACAAUUUGCGGAGUUAUAUUGGAAUCACAAUCUUGCCCACUUACUGAUGACGAGUUCGAGUGGACAGUCAAUAUUGAUAGUAGUCCUCCAAAAUUGGUCGAUGCUGAUGAGAGCGAGGAGAGUAUAAACAUAAUACAAAUAACAGAUAUCCAUUACGAUCCUAACUAUGAACCUAAUGGUAACGCAAAUUGUAAUGAACCAACAUGUUGUCGAAAAGGACAAAAUGUUACAAAUACAAGUAACAAAGUGGCAGGCUACUGGGGGGAUUAUAAUUAUUGCGAUAGUCCAUGGCAUGCUGUGGUUGAUAUUUUGGAACAGAUUAGGGAUACACAUCAGAAUAUCUCCUACAUUUAUUUCACUGGUGAUAUAGUAGAUCAUGGUGUGUGGGAAACCUCUGCUUUCGGAAAUAUCGUGAGCCUUUACAAGAGUUAUUCUAGAAUCUAUGAAACAUUCAGAAAUACACCGGUAUAUCCUAUUCUAGGUAAUCAUGAGGCACAUCCUGUAAACUUAUACGCGCCUAAAAGUGUCACCGAUAACAAGAUAAACACACAAUGGCUAUUUAACGCAACGGCUGAUUUAUGGAUCAAUGUGGGAUGGUUACCAGAAUCUACUCGUCUUACUAUUCUAGAAGGCGGAUAUUAUACGAUUUCACCUAAAAAAGGAUUUAGAAUUAUAGCAUUAAACAGCAACGUUUGUUAUUCUGCUAAUUGGUGGUUGUGGUAUCAACCAAGAGAUCCUUACGGUCAACUGCAGUGGUUAGCAGAUACCCUUUUGCAGGCCGAAAAGGACGGCGAGUUUGUGCAUAUAUUGGCGCACAUUCCGUCCAAUAACGAAUGCCAUUCUACAUGGAAAAGAGAAUACCUUAAAAUUGUAGAUAGAUUUGCCCGAAUUAUUAAAGCACAAUUUAACGGCCAUACACAUAACGAUGAGAUACUGUUGUUUUACAGCAACGAUAAUAGUACGACGAUAAAUAACGUUGCUUGGAAUGGUGGUAGCGCAACUCCCUCCACAAAGUUAAAUCCCAACUAUAAGCUGUAUAUUGUUGACAAUAAAAAUUAUGCAGUAAAGGAUAUAGAGACCUGGAUGUAUAAUUUAACUGAAGCAAACGCAAAUGCUCCUCGAAGACCCUCAUGGUACAAGUCGUAUUCAUUUAAAGAGGAAUAUGACAUUCCUGACUUGUCAUACAAUUCAUUACACAAUUGGCUGCAUAAACUAAUACAAGAUGACAAUUUGUUAAGUCGCUACUACAGGAACUUUUUCAAACGUGCUGAACCAUCAUUGAACAAAGAGUGUGAUACAAAAUGCAUGAGAGCUUAUGUGUGCCGUGUAAUUACAAGUCUGGGGGAUCACAGAACAUAUUGCAAUUAAAUGUGUUACUUAAGAAAUAUAUUAUUAAGAAUUAAUACUCUACUCUGGAGUAACAUAUUGUAUAUAAUACUCGAUGUAAUACAAAUAUUGUGAAAAAUUAGUAUUUCUAGAGAAAAUAACACUUUAUGAAAAAACAACA